UUCAAUGUUGGCAACAUUUCUUUGUUUAUGUUGACCACUGAACACGCCACCCACGUUUGAAAAUGAGUCUUGUAUUGCAGACUUCUGAAGGUUUUGUCCUGUGUCACCCAAAUUAUUUGCGGCGUUUGUAUAGUUCUACCCGGACAGAAAGUGUCCUGGUCAAGCUUGAGCCGCACCACCAUUUAUUUGACGUUAACACACCCUACAUGAGGGAUGCAGCAGCCAGAAAGAAGGCUAGAGGGGACACUGUAUCGGGUUCACAAUGUUCAAAAGGCCUGAAGAGAAAGUUUACUGAAAUUUCGAUUGAAAAGCAAACUGACCUUCAGAUUGAUCGCAUCAAGAAUACCUUAUAUCGACUUGUCAAAGGUGCUCAACAUUUGGACUAUUUUACGUUUAUUCCAUCUGCAAGUGACAUAAUGAACAACAACAAAGAUGCCAGAAUGUUGUCAGAAAAUCUCUACAAAGAGACGGAUGACUGUAUUCAAGCUCCAUUCAAUGGAGAAAAUAAUACGGAUGAGGCUCUUUUAAAACGUUUGGGGUUGCAAACUUUUGUUUUCCCUCCUCGUUGUAGGUUCUACUGCAGAGAUGUUGGUGAAAUGAAAGACUAUGUAGAACCUUUAGGGCAGUUUGAUCUUAUUCUAUUGGACCCUCCUUGGUGGAAUAAAUAUAUUCGACGAAAGAAAGCAAAGUGCCGGCAGGAUGGGUAUAAUAUGAUGUAUAAUCAUACUCUUGGAGAGCUUCCUCUCAACAUGCUACUUGCCCCGGGUGGAAUUAUUGCUGUUUGGUGCACUAAUUCUACUAACCAUUUAGAGGAGCUGAAAAACAAAUUAUUUCCAGCAUGGGGCACAGAGCAAAUAGCUCAAUGGGCAUGGUUAAAGGUAACCAAAUCAGGAGAGCCAGUUUGCCCAUUUUCAGACCCUCCGGGGAAGCAACCAUUUGAGCAGCUAAUAUUUGGUGUCCGCCCUGAGGAAGCUAAUGUAUUGUCCCGACCAGAGGAUGGUAAAGUGUUUUUAAGUGUACCGAGUGCAAUACAUUCUCACAAACCACCAGUAUCAGAAAUGUUGCAGACAUAUCUCCCUCCAGAGCCUCGCUGUUUAGAGAUAUUUGCUCGUUACCUCUUACCAAACUGGACCAGCUGGGGCCUGGAAGUUAUUAAACUUCAGCAUUCUUCUCUGUUUCGUGAGGAGGCACUAAUUGCGGGUGAUUCUGCUUCACAAGCUACCUAGGUUUAUCUAUAAUUUAUUUUCCCUCCUCUCACACUUUUAAUAUUUUUCAUCAGUCUUUACUUCUUUCAUAGUUUUCAUUUAAGUGGAUUUUAUGAGUGUCCAUUUCCCAUUGGAAUUUUGCCAUUGGUGUGUUGAUGAUGCCCAU